AUGCUUGUACUUCAACGUGCUGUGAAUUCGUUAAGGAAGUACACGAGCAACAUGCAAAUCCGUAAUCUGCACAGUUUACUCCCUCCAGUAUUGGAAAAACGCCGUCCAAAAGAAAGCCCUGAUGUUGACUUCUCAACGUUGUCCAAUUACAGAUCCUUCAAAGUGGGCAAAUCAUUACUUGAUGCAACGAUUUCAUUUACUGAAAAGACUAUUAGUGGUCAUGUAGUGUACGAAAUGAGUAGCAUACUAAAAGAACAAGAGGUUUGGCUUGACACGUCACACUUGGAAGUUUCCAAGGUGGAGCUGGACGGACAACCAGUAAAGUUUCAUGUGGAACCCCGCAAGGAGCCCCUAGGUUCACGACUGGUCGUAGCUGCAGACAGGGAUCUUCCUGCUACAUUUGAGUUGAAAUGCUCCUUUUCAACCACCAAAAACUGCACAGCACUCCAAUGGCUAGACGAGCACCAGACUUCGGGUAAGCCUUACGUGUUUUCCCAACUGGAGGCAAUCCAUGCCAGGUCAUUGUUCCCUUGCUUUGACACACCAUCAGUAAAGUCUACGUUUGUUGCGAACCUUACAUCGCCACUCCCUGUUGUGUUUUCAGGUAUCGCCACCGGGCGCACCAAGGACACCUAUCAUUUCACGCAGAAGGUGCCAAUUCCAGCGUACUUGAUUGGUAUUGCGUCCGGAGACUUGAAAAGUGCCGAUAUCGGUCCACGGUCGAAAGUGUACACUGAACCCUUUAGACUAAAGGAUGCUCAGUGGGAAUUUGAUGGCGAUGUUGAAAAGUUCAUUCAAGCUGCAGAAGACAUUAUCUUUAAAUAUGAGUGGGGUACUUACGACAUCCUAAUUAAUCCUAACUCAUAUCCCUAUGGUGGAAUGGAAUCUCCAAAUAUGACAUUUGCAACUCCAACUCUGAUUGCUCACGACAAGAGCAACAUUGACGUGAUCGCACACGAGUUGGCUCAUUCUUGGUCCGGGAACCUGGUUACUAACUGUUCGUGGGACCAUUUCUGGCUAAACGAGGGUUGGACGGUUUAUUUGGAAAGGAGGAUUACAGGUGCAGUCCAUGGGGAAGCUACCAGACAUUUCAGCGCUCUCAUAGGUUGGAAUGAUCUUGAAAAUUCGAUCGAUGCAAUGAGAAACUCUGAAAGGUUUUCGACUCUAGUUCAAAACUUGAAGGAUGGCACUGAUCCCGAUGAAGCCUUUUCCACUGUUCCUUACGAGAAAGGGUUCAACUUGCUAUUCUACUUGGAGAAUCUGGUUGGAGGAAAGGAAGAGUUCGACCCCUUUAUUAAGCACUACUUUGCCAAAUUUUCCCGUCAAUCUAUAGAUACUUGGCAGUUUCUUGACACUCUGUUCGAUUUCUACCCUCAAAAGAGACAGCUUUUGGACUCAGUGGACUGGGAAACGUGGUUAUUCAAGCCAGGCAUGCCCCCCAAACCCAAGCUCAUUACCACUCUUGCAGAUGACGUCUACAGAUUGGCAGACCAGUGGAUUGCAAAGGCCCAAGUUUGCCACGACCAAGCAGCUUUCUUUAAGCACUUUUCUGCGGAGGACUUGACCAAGUUCAACUCAAACCAGAUUGUGCUAUUCUUGGACACUUUGGUGCAAGGUGGUUCUUCAGAAGAUUCGGAGAUAGACUGGGCGCAGAACAAGCCUGCAGUUCAUGCUUUCUUGUCGAUAUACAGUGAUAAGAUAGGGAAUUCACAGAACGCUGAAGUCAUUUUCCGCUUGUUCCGUUUCCAGAUUCAGGCGAAGAUAAAGGAAUGCUACCCACGCUUGGCAGAAUGGCUUGGCACUGUAGGAAGAAUGAAGUUCGUGCGUCCCGGUUACAGACUGUUGAACAGUGUUGACAGGCCUUUGGCCCUAGCUACAUUUGACAGGCUCAAGGACACUUAUCAUCCGAUCUGUAAAGCUCUCGUGAAGCAAGAUUUGAAUAUUUAG